UUCUAAUGCUAAAGAGAUUCAAAAUGAACUAGGUGUGGGAACUUGGAGCCCUGGAAGCAAGUUUUGUGUUUCAGAAGAGCCCAUUUGGUAUCCAAAAGGGAUUAUAAAUACAUGACCUAAGUGUAAAUCAGUCAUACCGAACUGCAAGGUAUGAAGGAGAUGUAACAUUGACCAAGAGAUGUAGGUAAUUUUGUUCAUUAGUUAUCCUUUUUUUUGUAAUUUUUACAUAUUUUCACUGAUUCUUAAUAAACAUACAUCUUUCCAUAUUUUCAAUCUUAAUAUUUGCUGAACCUCAAAAUCCUUGCCAUCAGUUUAUUGUUAAAAACCAUUUGUUUGUAUAUUAUCUUUUAAACCUUCACGUCUGAGUGUUGAAGAGUGACUUAGAAAUAUAUUAGUUGUUUGUCAUCAAGUAAAUCUUCAUUUGUGUGGCAUUGUUUACACACAAGUGAAGAAUUGGGUGAUAGGACAAGUCGAGGACUGGGGUGAAAAUAUAGACAAGAAAACACUGCAGACAGUCUGGGGAUGCUGAUCCUUGCCUGCACAGUUGGGGGUGAACUGAUCAGCUGACAGCUGGUAGAAAGAGGCAGGUCUUGGUACUCUGUCCUUGGGUAUACUGACCAGAAGUGCCACAGACAUUUUCAGUUCUUUGUGGAUUCUCCAGGAAACCUGGAGGGUUUCACUAAAGAGCCAAAGUGACACUGUCUCUGGAGAAUGUCUGCAUGUGCCUUUCUACCCCAACUGCAUCAUAUUUGGGCCCCAUUUCCCUCAUUUCUCAAAGGAAUGAGCAGAGAUACAUCCAGAGUUUAGUAUACUGAUGUUUACCUCAGAAUGAUUUAUAACUCUCAUAAAAAUGAAAAUAACAUGAAUGCUUAAAGUCAGAGAUUGGGAAAUAUAUAACGGUACAUUCAUACAAGGGAAUACUAUGCAGCUGUUAAAAUCUUGUCAUGGAAGUAUAUUCAACAACAUAGGGUUUAUGUAUGUGGUAUACAUAUUUUAAUCACUGCGUAUACAUUUUACAUAUUUGAACACAGUGAUCUUAUAUUUAGAUGAAAUAGCUUCAAGUUCAGACAGCUAUAAUCAAAAUAUUUAAUGUCUAUUUCUGAGUGGUUUGUUGAUACAUAUCUGUGAGUGGCUUGUGCUUUUCUGUAUCCCUCAAUUUCUUGUCAUUGAAUCUAGACUACUUCUGCAAUAAAAAAUCUUACUUAAUUUUUAAAAUUUUAUAAAAUAAUUUAUAAAUUUUACAUAUAUAGAAUUAAAAAAUACAAUAAAAUUGUUUAAUUAUAAAAAUCAAUGUACAAUGUAUUUAAUGAAAUUUUGAAAGGACAUAGGAGAAUACAUGCCCUGUAUUCACAUUUGUGUGUUUAUGUUUAUGUGAAAGAAUACCAUGAUGUAGAAUUCAUUACAUCACUUGAUUAACUAGAUCCUCAACUAGUAAUCUUAGACUACAGUCAGCAUUUCAUGCAAUUCUAUUACAAUUCUGAAAUGCUACUUUUGAAAGAGAGAAAAGAAGUAUGGAUAGGGAACUUUAGAACUGACUCACUCUGUAACAAGCUAGAAGAGAUUAGUGAUACUUUGUUUUCAUUUUUACCCAAGAAAUAGGAUUGUACCUAGAAAUGGAGACGUGGAGCAUGGGGCAAAACUUUAGUCCUCACAUAAUAGCUGUGACUCUCCACCUUUUUUUAACAUCAGAAAUUUUUCAAAGUUAUAUAAAAUGCUAUGCAAAUGAGCUUCAAGUCUCCCUUUAUAAAAAUGAUAGCACUAAUAGCAAAUAUGUAUGUAAUGCUCACUGUGCGCCAUAUACACUGUAAUUAAAAUGUAUAUGUAUACACAUACACUCACAGACAUAUACGUAUUAAACUGAUUUCAUCCUAAUAGUGACAUUCAAGACAGGUAGUAUCAUUUUACCAAUAAGGAAACCAAAGCAUGCUUUCCUAAUCUGUAAGCCCCUGCUUUGUAGAAAUUCUGGAGCUGCCACUAGGGAAGACAUGAGAUAAAUUUAUAUUUUAGGUCCACUCAAUCACUUCAUUCUUGAUAUCUCUCUCAACUUCUAUUUUAUACAGGUUUGGCUACUGCAGUAAGAAAAUCACAUCUCACUCCUAAAAUGACACAAGAAGUUUCAGUUCCUCUAGACCAUCCCCACCCACAAGGUCAGAAAGGAGCAAGACAACGAAUUGAACACAUUUUCUCAGAACCAGUGAUAAUAGGCAUUAUUUAUGGGGUGAUGGCUGGCACCGUUGGAAUUAUCCUCUCUAUUUCCUACUGUGCUCGUUUACUGAGAAAGAAAAAUGCAUUCAAUGUCCAACCUACAGAAUCAGUUGAUGCAGGAGAUCCUUUAAGUUCUGUAGAAACAGAAAAUCCAGGUGGGUGCUAGUAUCUUACUGCCUUUUGUAGUAUCUUACUGCCGAGGAAUAAUGUGCAUUUCCACAUUAGCAAAAGUAAUGCUUUGGUUCUCCAUUCAUGUCUCAAAUAUAUUGAAAGGCAGUGGAAUGUCAGGUGAACUAAAGUUUAGGCUCAUUUCAAUUCCCCAUAUUUGCAUAAAUGAAGUUAUUAAUUGUGUCUUUGUUAAGCUGGUGAAAUGAGUUAUGAAAUCUGAUCACACCUCACAGGAAACAUUGGAAAACAAGUAAGAUAUUUAAAAAUGCUUUAGUCCUACUUUUAUAGAAUUCUGUUCUGGAGUAAUUUCCAAGUCAAAGGCAAUAAGAGAUUACAGCGAGCACGCCAUCUCAACAAGAACUAGAAAUGUUAGGGUGUAAGUAUGAAUUGCUUUAGCCUCCUUGAACAUGCCCAUAAUUUAUGCACAAUGGGAAGUGAGCACACGUGAGCCUGCGUCAGCUGUCCACAGUGGGCCACAGACAAAUCCACUAGCCCAUUUCUCACAGGAGAAUGUUUUGGGAUAUACAGUCCUGUGAUGACCAAAUAGAGAAAGUCUGUUCAGUAUCCUCUGCUUCCAUAAGAGCACCCAUCCCUUUCACACACUCUCCAAGAGUACCAUGUCUCCGGCCUUCCAGCCAAGAAAGGUGGAGUGUCGGAUUUGAUGCAGGGGACCAGCCCAGUGCUCUUUUAACACAUGCUACAAUCAGUAAUUCAACAGUGAGUUUUUCUCCUUGCUUAUCCAUGAAAAAAGAUUAUUCCUAAAAAAGAUUAUAGACUGGGGAACCUGCCUUAAAUUCAAACACAUACAUGUAAUUCAACUCACUUAUUGCCUUCCCACUAUAUUCUGCCCAACACAAAUUCUCUGUCAGUUUCUCAUACCUGAAGAAAUUAGGAGCUGAGUAAUUAUGUUUGUCCUUUACCUAAGAAAUUCAAAAUAGAUUUUCUAAGAAAUUCUUUAUUUUUCUGUACACAUAAUUUCAAUAGAGCUAAUCUUAAAAUAAAUUCUAUUUCCUAAAAAUUACAUUCAAAGAUGACUGUAAGAAUGUAGAAUUCUGAAAUUUAUUUUAUUCAUUCAUUUCCUGUUGUAUUUAAAUAAAAGGAUGUCCCAUUCUACUGUUUUUUAUUUUUGCUCUCUAAUCCUUUGCAGAAGUUUGACAAUGAAAAUCUGCUCACCAAGCCAAAGUUUGGAAGAACUCAAAGACACAAAACUUGAGUCAAGUGAAAAAUGAAUAUGUUAAUUGGACAUCCAAUAUAUUGAAUAUCUUUUUAGGUUGUACAAUUUGGGGAUGAAUAUUCCAUCAUAAUGAGCCCAGUAACUCAAUGAUAGAAAAGAAAGAUCUCUACUAUUUAUAUUUCAAAGAAAAUUAUUUCAAAAGAAUAUUUGAAGAACUACUAUUUUCUUUCAAGCUUGCUUUUGUGCAUUAGCAUAAUUUUUAUUUUUAUAGUUAAUUGAUUUGGAAUUCUGAUCCAAAAUUUCAGUUGGCUUCACCUGCAGCUCUUUAAGACUGACUUAUUCUCUCCUAUUGUAUUUGAAUAAUUGUGCUGUCAAAUGAAAGGCUUGUAACAUGUAGAUGAAAUCUAAGUUGUCUUCUCAUUUUAAACUUCUGAGUCUAUUUUCAUUGUUUUAAAUAAAUUAAGGGGACACUGAAAUGCAAUCAUUUCCUUUAUUCCUGAGGAGGCAAAAUAUGGUAUUACACUAAUAAUGAUGAUAUUUUAGCCAUACUAAUGAAGUUUGUUCUUGGAAAUGCCUUCCAUACAUGCAUAUAGAUAGAUAGAUAAAUAUAGAAAUAAAAAUGAUAGAUUCAGUCUUUAAUGCGUAAGUCAAUAAAAGGUUUUUCUCAUUUAAAAAAAAGUGAAAUAGUAGACAUGUAUAAAUGACCCAUUUAAAAGACUCUGUCUGAGUCGAGCAUUAUUUCUUUCAGAGCACUGACUAAUGCAUUAUGUUCCACUGGAAGAGUUUUUCAUAUAAAAGGUGAGAGUAUCUUGAGAAAGAAAAGAAUUUAUGAUUUUUUCCUUGCAAAGAAACUUAGUAUAUCUCUGUAAAUGCAACAAGAUGUACAAAUUUAACAUGCAGGUCAAUAUUUUAAUAGUUCACACUUUGUUCUCAAUUAAAUUCUUUAAUCCACUCAGUCCUAUUUUCUCUUAUUCAGAAAGCUUUGAAGAUUGGUUUAAAUAAUCUAAAAGACAUUUCUAGAUAUAAGACUAAGGCUUUGUAACUAUGCAGCUAUCACUCAUUUAUAGUGAAAGUUAAAAAGCAAUGUGAAAACAAAGAUGUGCCUUCCAUAUUCUAUUUACAAAUUAAUAAAUAUCUACAUGGCUUUCUAUUGUUGUAUGAUAGUAAAUAAUGAUGUACAUAUUUGGGCCUGGCAGCUUAAAUUUAUUUUUUAAUUCUUAACUUACUUGUACGUUCAGAGAAUGCUCUUGUACUAAGUUGACUUAUUUAAAAUAAAGAAUAAGAAUAGCCCAUUUCUGUUGGUAUAUAUUUUUUAAAGUUGUUUUAACAGUAUUAUUGGGGUGUACUUAACCAAAUGAAUAACCCAAGCACAAAGGCAAUUUUAAAUGUACUUUUUUCAAUAAAAAUAAAAUGUUGAACCAAAAGAGAACAUGAGACUAACCUUGUCUCUUAAGUAAUUUACAAGUCAAAGACAACAGGGGACUAGAGUGACUCUGCCAUCUUGACUGAAGCAAGAGAAUUUAGAUAAUAAUUAAAGUAGGAAUUGUUGUAACCUCCUUGAACUUUUCCAGCCAAUUUUUCUGUACUUCCGUGGACUUUGCACAUUUAAAUUAAAUGUUUGUGGGAAGAAAUGACCUUUGCUGUCUUCAUAUAUUUUUAAUCAAAUCAGCAUAAAAUUAAGAGUUAAAGAAAUCUUAGCUUAUAAAGCCAACAUGGCCCAGUAUAUGGCUCAUAUUGAAAUUCUCCUUGUCAACAAAGUUCUAAUGGG